UUUCUGUGUGAACCAGUACCCUACUCAUCUGAAGUUUCGGACCAAAAUAGAUACCAGUAUGCGGCUUAUCAGUGGUUAGUUUAUCUACUACUAUUUUGCCGCACGACAACUUGUACUAGUACUGUUAUGUAGAUACAAUUUACAGAAACAGUAGUAAUAAUAUUUCUCAUGGAUACAACUGGUCAAAAGGUUCAUCGCCAGUGGUGCCUUUUAACGACUACAGCCGUUGUUAUUGCGCUUGCCACUGGGAUUUAGGAUUCACUUCUCCAAUGCGGAUUUCAAUGAUUUCAUUUUUGGAAUACUUCACAUAUCGAGAUACUGCAUAUCGCUUUGUGGUUGUAAAAUUGCGGCUCUCUAAAUGAAAAUUACGACCAGCCUGUUGGACCGGCAUGCCUGCAGUCCCGUUCCUAAACUGAGAACAUUAAAUUUUUAUGCGUUCCGCCUUCUCACGGAUAUUAUAAUAACAUUGGCUAACGUCCACAGAGUUUCGAUAAACAAGCCAUCGAUUUGAGUAGCGGAAACCUUUCGGGAGCAUGGAAAUUGGGUGAAAGUGGAUCAAAGCGCCAUGACGCUGUUGUUAUGCUGGAGGAAUUAAAAUUACUCAUAUAGAGACACGUUGUUGAUCAUAUAUAUAUUCCUGUCGUUUAACUCUCCACCAUGAUGACGGGAUCGACAGAUGCGGAUGCCGACAAUAUUAGCGCCAAAACACUAACGGCUAGCAGCAGCACCGGCACAGGUCGGAGCAACGGUUCCGCCGGCGACCGGAACAGUAUCCAGGAUGAUACAUUAUACCAGCCAUCGAUUUUCAUUCGCAUCUUUGUCGGGGAAUUCAAUGUUACGAAAUGUCUUCAAUUUCCACCCACAACGCCAAUUUGGGAAGUCAAGCAGAAGCUGUUUGCAACAUUGCCAAAGGAAUUGAAAGACAGCUUCAAUUAUGGCCUCUUCUGUCCGCCCUACAACGGUCGUGCCGGGAAAUUUUUGGACGACGAGCGUAUGUUGCAGGAUUAUCCGAUGCCUGGACAUGUUGGCUAUUUGGAGCUCAAAUACAAACGGCGUGUCUACAAGAUGAUGAAUCUGGACGAGAAAGUUUUGAAACAGUUGCAUUCAAAGGCCAAUCUGCGGAAAUUCAUUGACUAUGUGCUCACGGGACAAUCGGACAAAAUCUGUCGGUUGUGCGAAAAAGGCUUGGAUCCAAAUUUUCAUGAUUUAGAUUCUGGAGAAACACCUUUAACGAUUGCGGCUGCACUGACUGAGCCGGCUCCUGUUCUGGCGGCUCUCGUUAACGGUGGCGCACAUCUUGACUUCCGGGCACUUGAUGGCUGUACAGCACUGCACCGAGCCGCCCAACGGGAUAACUUCAAAGCUUUACAAGGCUUGUUAGACUUGGGAUCGUCUGCAAAUUACAAAGACGCGAAAGGAUUAACGCCUCUGUAUUAUUCCGUUACCCACGCAAAAGACCCUAAUUUAUGUGAAAAGUUAUUACAUAAUUAUGCGAUUCUCGGCACAGUUGACUCACAAGGCUGGGAGGAAAUUCAUCAGGCAUGUCGGUAUGGUCAUGUCCGCCAUUUGGAACAUUUGAUAUUUUACGGUGCGGAUAUUGAUGCGCGUAACGCGAGCGGCAAUACACCGCUACACACUGCCGCUGUCAAUAAUCAGGAGAGCUGUGCGCGAGUGUUGCUGUUUCGCGGGGCGGAUAAGUAUGCCAAGAAUUAUGCCAAUCAGACCGCGUAUCAAGUUGCGGUUAUAGCGCAAGCCAUUGAGCUAGCGGAAGUGAUUAAGCGCCAUUCAUCCAAAGACGUCGUGCCUUUACGAGAGAAGCCGUCAUUUAAUCCGCGUCGCCGGCGCCGUAGCUGUAGUCCGAACAGCACACUGAGCCGCGCCAGCAGCGUCAACCGGCUGGGUUCGCGUUCGCCAUCCCUGCGUAACGGUCCGUUAGCCAGUCCUUCGCCAUCGAUGCGCAGCAGCUGUCUCAUGUUCUCCACGACCGGAAGUGUUUCGAGCAACGGUAGUAAUUGUGAGAAUUCCCAUCCGAGCGAAGCGGACUUCUCCUCCUCCGGCGUGGUCACGGACAAGAGUUCCUGCAGCGAUGAGAGCACCUGUACACCGAUGAACCGGCCCCCCAUCGCUACGACACAGCGCUCACGUGCCCAUCAUCCCAGCGUCUGCUCCGAGCAGAUUCACACCCUCAGUCGGUCUUCCUCGCAGGCGUUCUCCGUCAAAAGUGUGCCGACGAUGCGGGCCGAUAGUGCGUUCUCCUCGGAUUCUAUGCCGUUCUCGUCACGUGAUCCGUCACCGUCGGAGCGCGGUCUAAUGGGUGUACCGCGCACGGUGACGCUGAUGCGCGGGGGACAUGGUUAUGGAUUUGUCCUGCGGGGCUCCAAGAGUGGCCAUAUGAGUAUUAAUCGGGAUAUUAAUGUCGCGAUGAGCGACAAUCCGCCGGCGUUGCAGUAUUUGGAUGAAGUGGACCGCGGCGGUCCAGCUGAUCUGGCUGGACUUAAAGCCGGCGAUUAUUUGUUGACGAUAAAUUCGGAAGAUGUCAGAACAUAUCCUCACGAGAAGGCCGUCAGCUUGAUAAGACAAGCUCAACAUACCGUCACGUUGACGGUGCUUACUCCUCCGAGGAUUCCCAGUCGCGCCGGAAGCGGAAGUAGCAAGUCUACUUUGGUCACAAGCAAAUUUCGUAAAAAUGAUUCUCGCAUGGCUAUUCCCCCGCCUCCGAGGAGAGACCCGCGAACUGCGCUGACCAUUGGUCCGGAAAGAGCGAGGUCAUACGUCGGCUUAAACGAUAUCGGUGCAGCCAAUCAUGACACCAUGACCAGUGAAUCGGCAAAAAUUGCCUCCAUUCGCGCACGACCUUUAUCGAAGCGCAUAACGGCCAGCGAGAUUGAGGAGCUGUUAGUGCGACAGGGUGCCGGUGCGGGCGGCGGCAGCGGCAGUGCCGCCUCGUCCACGGGCCGCAGUUCACCCGCUCCCAACUUAUCGUCAUUUGCCCCGCUGCCUCUCAACGACCGGCCCGACACCGUUCGCCAUCUGCCCACUUCAGCGUCGUCAUCAUCAGCAGCCUCAACAUCGUCGCGCGUCUUCACGAGUGUAGCCCACAUGAAACGUCAACGCGCGGCACUUCAGCAGCAGCGUCGCAAGACGGAUGUCGUUAGUACGGCCAGUCUCCAUAAAGACUACCAUAGCACUCCAGAUUUGUCCGCUGAAGGAGCACCGGACGGUCUUGAGACGGGUGCCGGUGGACAUAAUAACGACGAUACCGAGGAGCUGUACAGUGACACGGUCUUCCACGCCCACCACCACCACCCGGUUGCGGCUAAUUAUCAUACGCUCAACAAAGUGCCCGAUAGUCCUCAACAGUUACCGCAUCACAACGGUUACCGCAGCGUUCCAACCACGCCCUCCGAGCAUUCGGCAUACGCGCGGCCUAUCAUCGCGAAUCAUAAUACCGCCAGUGCCAAGCCGCCCCUUCCGCCCAACCGUCCCCCUUCGCACGCGGCUGCCGUGCACCAUCCUCCUCCUGCACAGCAGCAGCACACGUUAAACCGCUCAACCGACCGUGCUUCCUCGCAACCGCGUUUUGUGCUGACCUCCAUGAAACCCAGUCAAAGUCUGGAUGAACGGGCAUACGCGCAGGUGCGCUAUUACAACGCCCCGCCCACCGCCGCCCCGGAGGAUCCGGAGCCGGAUUACUUUAGCGAUGAAGACCGGUUGUCCUUUGCCUCGUCCGGCAGGAGUACCUCCACCGUCGCCACGGCCAAGCCCACCCCGAUGCACGCCACCAAGGUCGUGCCGGCCACCGGCGCCCGCAUGAUGGCCAAUCCACCGCCGCCCCCGCCGCCCCCCGUUGUCACCACGGGCGGUCAAACCUCCUUCGCCGCCGCAAUUGCCAAAGCCGCCCAGGCCCGCCAAGCGAAAGCGGACGCCCAGGGCGGUGGCCAGCCGACGCCGUCGGCCGUGCCCCUGAAACCGGUGCAACCGGUUGCCGCUGCGGCUGCGGCAGCGUCCACGCCCGUGGGAACUGCCACGCCCAAACUGGACGGGUUUCAGUCGGAGCUGAUGCGCGCCAUCCAGCGGCGCAGUCAGGAUCGUGAUAGCGAGAGCCGGCGGAGUAGUACGGAUGUUGACGCGGUUAACACGAAAGACGAUACGGCGAACAACGCAGCGGCAUCAUCGGUGAAAGAUCGGAUUAGUUUUCUUGAGCGACAGACAGUGAGUGGACCGCGGAGUGUCAGAAUCACCGGCAUCACCAACGAUCAGUCCUCGACGGAUAACGUGCCGGAUGCCGGUGAUGUUCGAAGUGGCACAGACGUGUCAUAUGGGCGGAAUGCAGCAGCUGUCACGUCGCCGAUGAAUGUCAGUAUUCGCGCGGGUAAACCUGACACAUGUCACACGGUGGGUGCACUGCUGGUGGGGGACGCCAGCAGCGGCUACAGUGAGAUCGACGAGGGUACCGCCACCCGGUUCGGUGUGUUUCGCACGACGGGAGUGAACACAUACCUGCGUGACCAUGAUUCCGCCUCCAUCAAUUCACAGUCCUCGGCGUCGACAUUGUCGUCCGGGUAUGAAUCUCCGACGCUGAAGUACGGUUCAACCGGUGAACAUUUGUGGACGGAUCAUCAUCAUGUACUGCGCCCGGUGUAUGGGAAUAAAUUCAGUCCAAGUAUAGACAUCUUACCUGAAUUAGUACCAGUUCCGCCCUUAGAUUUUAAUCCUACUUUAGAUUACGAAUCGAACGGUGUGAGUAUUGCGCCUCCGCCGGAAUUUUCUUAAGAACGGACGAAAAAGAGUUGAGAGAGAAACGGGACGAAAAGAUUGCAUCCGUGCAUGGUUUUCGUUCGUUUUUUGUAGCGCUUUGUUGUUGAUUAGCACGUUCGCCCCCGAUUGUGAUAGAAGUAACGACGAACGAUGAGAACCAGGGAUGUUUCCGGGAAUACACUGUGCAAUAACUGCCCCGAUCUGGAUAUUAGAAACGUGGAGCAAUUUUCUGAUUUGCAGAGUUUUGAUUUAUUAUUUUUGCUUUUUUUCUGUUUUUUUUUUCGGUGAAGAUUGUCUGAGCUAUAUUUAUUUGUGUGGUUCUGGUUUAAAAUACCUGUGUAAUGAAUGCGUGAGACUGAGAGUUCGGGCCUAAAAUACAAGUUGCCGAAUUUACUUGAUCAAAGGCGAAUGCGUGCUUAACUGCAUGUGCAUGCACAAUCCAACUUUUAUACACUGCCCAGUGCCCAUCUGCUCCUUGUUUCCUUGUUACCGAUGGCUCAGAUCACUUUAACACAACAAAUUUGUUACAAACCGGACCGGGAUUUCAAACGGUUUGACCAAACAGACGCAUACAUAUAAACAAUAAUGUUCAAUUUCUAACAAAUAAAAACAGGAGAAUAAAAU